AUGGUAAGCCAGACAGAGUUAGAGCAUGCAAUCCACGAAAAAGUUGGCCAAGUCGAUACAUUAUUUGUGUCAGAUGUGUCUGGGGGAUGCGGUCAAGCUUAUGAUAUUGUGAUUGUGUCGGAUCAAUUCGAUGGAAAGAGCACUCUUCAACGGCAUCGCCUUGUGAACGACCGCCUGAAGAACGAGAUCGCCUCGAUGCAUGCAUUCUCGCAGAAAACAUACACGACAAAGCAAUUCGGAGAGCUGAAGUCUAAAUAUUCACAACAGCCUCCGACGUCGUCGCCGUCGCCGUCGCCGUCGCUCACGAGCACUGCGACAGGAUCGGAGGCAGUCGUGACACCUCAGCAUGCGCAGCCUGCGCAGAAAAAUACUUCCCCCACAAGUAUCGACGCAGUGUCGACAAAGGCCUUCCCAAACGCUAAAGAGUCUGCCAGUGCGCGCGUGACAAGAGUUGAAAUACCACCUCGUACAAGUGAUAGUAUAAGCGUCCCAGAAUUGACCCUUACGCCUGUGUCUGAGUCCAAGUCACGCUUUGGGCCAUUCUCUCCUCAGACUGAGCCACAAUUAAGAAGCCCAAGUUCAAGCACAUUCGAUCUUCACCAGCCCCCGUCCACUCUGGAAAAUGUGAAUAUUUCUCGCUUGCACCACGCCAAUAUCACGAACCCGCAGUUUUGGCUUCGUCUGCGUGAGCUGUUGCAAAGUGAGUUCAUGCAGGAGUCAACAGCUGCAGGCGGGGAUGUCAUGGCCAUCGAUGUCAGAAGAACUACCUGA